AUGACGACAGACGAAUCCUUCCGCCCUCUGGCUUUCCACCACGUUUGCUUUGCUCUUGUUUCGUCUGUCGGCCACACAAACUACCGUCAUUCUGAACAGCACACCGGAGAAGCCUAUUUCAAGCGAGCCCGUAUGCUCUUGGGAAAUCCUCUCGACACUGUCCGAUUCACUCCUGGCGAUGUACCUGUACUCACGUUGAUGGCCUUUUAUCUCAUCGAGAUUAAUCGUCGAGAUGCUGCAUAUAUGUAUCUUGGUCUGGCAGUGCGAUCAUGCCCCGACGAGCCGUCCAGGAGGACAAUGUGGACGCUGUACGUUCUUGAUCGAUGGCUGUCGGUGCUAAUGGGACGGCCUCCCACUAUAGCAGAUGAAGCUAUACGUCUGGUCUUACCCAGCGAUGCUGUGAUAGUCACUAAGUGUCCUAGUGGAUUGCCUUCAAGUGCAGGUCUUCGAGCUCACGUCGAGCUGUCCAGAAUCUCCAAUUACAUCGUUUGCGAGACGUUCAAGAUCGCACCCCGGCAGGAUGGACCUAAUCAGUCAGCGAGUACCAUUGACACGGCAUUAGAAAUGCUUCACACUUGGCAGUGGCAGCUUCCUCACCAGUUGCAGAUGCCAGCCGAUCUUAAUCAUGAGGAUCCCACAUGUUGCAUCCUGCACAUGGCACACAAUCAGCUCAUGGUGCUGACUACGCGUCCCAUCUUCUUUGCUGCUGUAAAGCAAGCCGUCGCGCAACGAUCAAUCCACGGCGAAUACCUUCCCGAAGAGUUCGACCAGACUCCCCACAUCCCCAUUUGUUGCGCUGCAGCUCAUCGAAAUCUACAACUUGCCCAACGUCUAAUCAAGUCGGGAAGAAGAUUGCUCCAAGCUGGACUACACUUCGUUUUUAACAGUGCUGUCAUCCUAUUACUCCAGCGUUUCAUGAGGAGCACCGCGCAGCCCGAAUUUGGGACCCCGAGUGUGCGCAGCCCAUCCGUGGCAUCCGUUCAAAAUGAGGAAUUCGAGCCCAACAUACAGUUCGCAAUCCAGAGCUUUGAAGAAGAGGCCAGAACUGGUACGCACUAUCCGAGAGACUGCUGUAAGAUACUGCAGGAUUUGGACGUUCUGACGGAGCGCUACUCGAGAUGUCAAGAGCAGCUCGUGCAUCAGAGGAAUGCCACUGAUACAUCCCAACCAAGCUCACUUGCAAAUCGCAGAAGCACCUUUGCUGCAGAUGUGCAACCCUCCCAGAACCUGCUUACCGAGGGCAACGCUAUGUAUGCUGAGGUAGUGACCUGGAUCCAAUGCAGCGGCCUCCAGCUGCAGAACAGUUUCUUUAUCUGA